AUAAACAAAACAGCAUGCUGCCUACCUGCGAACUGCGAAAAGCGAAACCGAUCCUCUAAAUAAACAUUUCUUGAAGUUGUGAAAUAGAAGCAUAGACCAAAGACGAAAAUCUUCAAGCUGAAAGCAUAGGCUAUAGGCAAUGUAGACCAACAUACAGCAUACUCUGUCCGUCUCCAUCAUCAACACACUCGAAAUUCAUCUCGAACUACGUCAUUUUUCUGUUUGUUCCUAUUUUUAAGUUAAAAUUUGUCCCAAAGUUAUGGAUAAAAACUACACAAUUAUCCACUGGUUUCGCAAAGGAUUGCGUAUCCACGACAAUCCAGCUCUAAUCAAAGCAUGUGAACUGAUUGAGAAGAACCCCAACUAUAAAUUACGUCCAGUAUUUAUUCUUGAUCCAGGUAUUCGCAAAUGGAUGCGAGUUGGCCCAAAUCGUAUGCGCUUCCUGCAAGAAACUCUCCAGCAACUACAUGAGAAUCUCCAGCGAAUUAACUCACGUUUAUACGUCGUCCGAGGUAAUCCCGAUGAGGUGUUUCCAAAACUUCUCAAACAAUGGAAUGUCAAAGUGUUAACCUUCGAAACUGACAUUGAACCAUAUGCCAGAAAGCGUGACGCUUCCAUUACGAAGCUUUGCAAAGAAAACAAAGUGGAGGUCUUUCAAUUCAGUUCUCAUACUAUUUACAAUCCGGAAAUUGUAUUGCGACAUAAUAUGGGAAAACCUCCAUUGACCUAUCAGAAGUUUCUGUCAUUGGUCGAGAAGAUACCAGUUGCUGAACCGGCACCUGUACCCGAAAAGCUGCCGAACAGCAAUAAACCCCCCGCUGAUGAGGAAGAAGCACGAAAUCCCGAGUGCUAUGAUCCUCCUUCGAUUGCUGAGGUAAUUGAACGUAUUCAAGAAUUGGGAAUAAACAAGUUCCCUGGCGGCGAGACCGAAGGUUUACGUCGCCUCGACGAGAGCCUAAAUGACACCAAAUGGGUUUGUAGUUUCGAGAAACCGAAUACAUCACCAAACUCCCUCGAGCCCAGUACGACAGUUCUUAGUCCAUACCUGAAAUUCGGCUGCCUUAGUUCUCUGCUCUUCUACAAGAAACUAAAGAAAAUCCUCGACAAGAAUUCAAAGCACUCCAAACCACCUGUCUCCCUCAUGGGCCAGUUGAUGUGGCGAGAGUUCUACUACACUGCCGGCGCUGCGGAGCCUAAUUUCGAUCGAAUGAUUGGAAAUUCAAUUUGCCUACAAAUCCCCUGGGAGAAGAAUGAUCAGCAUUUAGAAGCCUGGGCCCACGGCCGCACUGGAUAUCCCUUCAUCGAUGCGAUUAUGCGUCAACUCCGCCAAGAGGGAUGGAUACACCAUUUGGCAAGACAUGCAGUAGCUUGUUUUCUAACUCGAGGCGAUUUAUGGAUCUCAUGGGAAGAGGGUCAAAAAGUCUUCGAAGAGCUGCUCCUCGAUGCCGAUUGGGCUCUUAAUGCCGGCAACUGGAUGUGGCUAUCAGCUUCGGCAUUUUUCCAUCAAUUCUUCCGAGUCUAUAGUCCGGUAGCGUUUGGAAAGAAAACCGAUCCUCAGGGUCAUUACAUCAAGAAGUAUGUACCUGAAUUGAAGAAUUAUCCCAGCGGGAUAAUCUACGAACCAUGGAAGGCAUCUCCAAUUGCCCAAAUGCAAUAUAAGUGCAUAAUUGGUAAGGACUACCCUAAGCGGAUUGUCGUCCAUGAAACUAUACACAAGGAGAAUCUCAAGAAGAUGAGUGAAGCUUAUAAGGUUAAUAAGGACGUCAAAGUGGCUGCCAAGCCAGAGCCAGUCAGCGAAAAACGUCCAGCUAAGUCGACUACCUCGAAGCCACCGGCAAAGAAACGCAAAUUGUAAGUUUCUCCAUGGAAUUUAAGUCAUCACAUUUAAAGCAUCAAAACAUAACCUGUUCAGACAGGUCCUAUCUUAAUUUUUGUAUUUUUUCAAUUCAAUACUCGUUUUGUUUUUGUUAGGAAUAAAAUUUCACUUUCAAAAUGAA